GCUUAGAACAGUUUUGAGUGCUCAAACGCUGACAGCUUCAGGACUUAUCACAGCGCAGGCCUCAUUUACAAUUACAGUCGCCGCGGCACUCUGGAAAUAAUGAAUAGCGAAAUCCCGUUAUAAUUACUGUACUUGCGUAGUGCUCACAGACCAUGGAAGACGCAGCAUGCACCAGCCUCGCCAGCUUGGCGCGCGCGCUGCCGCUAGACGUGGUUCUGCGCAUAUGCAGCUACCUGCCUGGCAAUGAAAUUGCGGUCACGGCGCGCCUGCUCUGCAAGGAGGCACGUAGUGGGUUUGCCGCGGCCACGCAGGUGCAGGCGGGUGGUCUGCGCGAGUGCGACCCCCUCGAGGAUACCGGGCCCUCAGAGCUCGAGCGCGACACCGGAUGCAUUGGCGGGGUGCCGUUCCACGCCGUGCGGUGGCUCAUCCGACACGCCGACCCCUCCGCACGCGGCUGGCUCUCGCUGCGCCAGCGCUUCUGGCUGCUACACCGGACGCGGCUGCCCGCAGACACCCCGCCGGGACGUCGUCAGGCUCCCGCUGCCGCCGGCGAUAGCAGCAGCGGGGCCGCAGCCCAGCCGCCCGCAACAGCAGCAGCAACAACAGCAGCAACAACAACAGCAGCAGCAACAACAACAGCAGCAGCAACAACAACAGCAGCAGCAACAGAUCCUUGCACCUCAGAGCAGCAUGCAGCUUCGAAGGGUGUGGGCGCAGCCGCAGGCGCAGCCCCGGGUGUGCCAGUCGGGCGGCUGGCAUCACACGGGCUGUGGCGCUGCCCGCCAGACGGGCUUCGAGCCUCUCCCUCGGAUUGGGAGCGGCCGCCCCUACUCCCCUGCCCGCUGCUAUCGGCCCAACCACCCUCGAGCGCAGCAGCACGCCUCGCCUUGGCUACCUCCCCGGAUGCCGCCGGCUGUAGCAACAGCACCGGCGCCAGUAGCACGCGGGGGUGCGGCAGCGCCCACUGCCCCGUGUCGGGUUUCGCCGACACGCCGCCGCUGCUGCUGCUGGAAUCCAUGUCGUACGUCCUGGUUGACCCCGAGGCAGUGUGUCGCGAUGCGCUGCUGGCGGCGGCGCAGUGGGGCGACUGUGACACGCUCAUGCUACUGGCACGUGAUGCGCUGUUCAGGACAACUUUGUUCGGGCCCCACGCGGCCGCAAGCCGCGAUGUCGUCCUCGCAGACCUCAUCUGGGCCUUCUGCGGCGGCCGCGUUGCGCCCGAGCUGUUGGGCUGGAUGUUUGGCGACUCUUCACAGUCGCAGGCGGAGGCGGAGGUGGGCGCGCCCUUCGCCGAGUGGCGGCACAGCGAUGUUCCCUACCUCGCAGCCGCCGUUCACUUGCACACCUUGAGGACGGGAAGCACGCGCCAAGCUGCGGAGGCGCCCUGCACAGGCAGUGCCGCUAGCAGCAGCCGCCACCACAAGCAACAGCAAGAGGCGGAGGUGGAGUGGCAGCGGGCACGCUCCUACGCAUUGCUAGACCAGAUUCGCGCGGUCGGCGGCUUUGCCUUUGACGGGGCUUGCGUCGGCACCUUCCUGCGGGCGGUGUGGCUGGCUGUGACGGUGCUGGGCGGCCAGGGCCAGGAGCUGAUGAGCUGGCUGCUGGAUCGCGGCUGCCCCACAGGGCCGCCCGGCUGGGCCUACGCCGCUGCCAUGUACCCGCCGCCUAUCGGCAUCCGCAGCUUCACACACAACCACAGACCACAGGUGGAGUCAGACCCGCGUCUGUUGCUGCUGCAGCGAGGGCUGCCGCAGGCACCAGUGUUGGAGUGGCUGCGAGGUCGCGGCGUGCCGAUGGGACCUGACGCAACGUGCUGCGUGGAUCGCUUCUGGCUCCUGGCGGACUGCUACAGCCGCUACCUGCAAUGGGUUGCCGAACAAGGCUGUAGCAGGUGGCGCGGCGGUCGGCCGCAAGUGAAGCGCGAGGGGACGAAGGGGCCUGUUGCCGCCGGGGCGGCUGGUGAUGGGGCGGGGGGCAGCGAGCCGCGAGCCGCUAACGGCGCGGAGGCGCAGGCGGGCAACAGCCACACGGUCAAGCCAGGAAAGCGGCGGUCAAGGCGAGCUCGGAAGGCAGUGCGUCGGUUGUUUGGGCGCUGUCUGUGCGGCGGCGGCGUUGGCAGCGGCGACGGGGACGGUGAUGGUGCUCAUGCCGCCGAUGACGACGGGCCAAGUCGUGCCCAAGACGCAUCUGCCCUACCUGCAGCGGAGGGCGAGAGCGGACAGCAGGGGGAGGACCGCUACCAAGAUGUGCUGCGUGCAGCAUUGGCUACUGGUGAGGGGCGACAGGAGGUGCGGGCCGAUGCGAAGAAAGUGGCGCUAGCCAGGAUCCUGUGUUCGUCGCCGGACGUGUGUUGGAGCGUGGGGGCCUCGCGAGGGAUUAUGAAUGCUGUGCCCGGCGGGCCUUUGGACCGGGCACUGGCACACAUGCGGCGGAUGCGGGAGCGGAGGCCGCCAGCGCUGCUGUUUGGUUCUGCUUCGGGUGAAGGCAGUUAAGGACAUGGAAAAGAGUGCAGCUGCAAAUGACGGGCAAACGUUUGUUGGUUACGAUGCGAGAUGAUCACGUGUGACGGGGCAGGGAGUGAGGGCCGGACGCGUGUCCUGGCGCACCAGGGGUUCGGGGUGCUCGCUGUGCCGGUCUGCAGGAGGAGAACCGGCCUACAGACAGGAAGUCGCACGGCAGAACGCAUGAUUGAAAAGAAUUUUAUUCA